CAGAAUACUGAGUUAAGGGUUUAAUUUACUGGAUCCCAAUCGUGACCUUCACUCGAAAACUUCCGUACUACCUUUGCACCUACCAACCAGAGCAACUCCACACCCACUCAAUCAUCUUUUCAUACGUUUCUCUGGCAUUUCUCUCCAUUUCUCCUUACCAUUUGAUCACUCAGAUCUUGUUCUCGAAACGCACACGUGACCCCUACCAGCCCCGCGAUUAUUGAACAAUCAGUAAAGGGGCGAUAAGCUCCAUCACCAUCAUGGCCGGGUUAGAACAGUCGUUAUUCCAGCUCAAAUUCACUGCCAAGCAGCUCAACCGACAAUCGGCCAAGGCAGCCAAGGAGGAGCUUCAAGAAAAGGCCAAAAUCAAAAAAGCGUUGACUCAAGGCAAUAAUGACAUUGCUCAGUUGUACGCUCAGAAUGCCAUCAGAAAGGCCAACGAAAGAACUAGUCUCCUCAGAUUGGCUUCUAGAAUCGAUGCUGUGGCUUCACGUGUUCAAACAGCAGUGACAAUGCGGUCUGUCACUGGAAAUAUGACCCAAGUCAUCAAGGGAAUGGACAAGGCAUUGCAGACCAUGAAUCUCGAAAGGAUAUCCAUGGUGAUGGACAAGUUUGAGAACCAGUUCGAGGACAUGGAUGCCUCCACCAAUUAUUACGAAACCACCACCAACAAUGUCAGUGCAUUGACUACGCCGCAGGAGGACGUGGACGAGUUGUUGAGCCAGGUAGCUGACGAAGCAGGUAUCGAGAUGAAACAGGGGUUGAACGAGACCAAGGUAGAGAUCUCGAGUCCGCCAGUGAGCAACAUCACCGAGGAAAAGGAGGACAAGUUGGCCGAGAGAUUACGGGCCUUGCGGAGCUGAGUUUGCAUGGGGUUAGCAUAACAGUGUGUACCAAUAAACGUUUAUAAGGCGAUUAUGAAUGAAAAUUGCUGUGAAUAACCGUUGUGCAAUAAAAGCGGUGGAUCCACAGAGAGGUAUACAGCAAACCAGUGCAGAUAGGAGUCUCAUUUGCAUACUUAUGGAGGAAAUCUGGUUCUGAAGACUAUCCUAUUCAUGCCAUAGACUUGCACGGUCCAGUAAUUUAUUGACCAGAGCUUCGUUUAAAGCAUUUUCUACUAGCAAUACUGGGUACUAACUCUCCAGAUACG